AUGCCGGGCAAGUCUACCGGUAUAUCGGUGGCAGAGAUGCCCCGUGCCACCAUCGAUGAUCUGCAGGACCUUAAAGCGGAACAUGAAUUCGAUCCCAACCUUCCUAGCGAGAUUGAGAAGGAAUUGGAUGAUGCCCUCACAUCUGGAGAUGUUGACAUCAAGGCCCACGCUGUGGAAGACCUGAUCGAGGACUCUCCUUACCCCGAGGUUCGUGCUGCAGUCCUGAACUACGAUGAAGGAGGCACUGGAAACACUAUCCGUGCCUGGACCUUGGGUCUCCUGUUUGCUACUCUCGGAUCUGGCCUCAACGCUCUAUUCUCGCUACACAGCCCUACCAUCACGAUUACUUCUUACAUUGCUGAAGUCGUCGUGUUCCCUUUCGGCUUGGCCUGGGCUCGUGCUAUUCCCAACUUUACCUUCACCUUUUUCGGUAGAAAGUGCGAGCUCAACCCUGGGCCAUUCACCAAGAAAGAACAUGCUCUCGUCACAAUCAUGGCCAACGCAACCUUUGCUGGUGGGUUUGCGUAUACCCUCGACAUCAUUACAGCGCAGCGAGGCUUCUAUGGCCAACGUUACGGAUGGCCCUUUGAGGUCUUCGUCACCAUCUCCACCCAGACAUUGGGAUUCGGCUUGGGUGGAAUGUUGCAUCGCUUCCUGGUGGAGCCUGCUGCUAUGAUCUGGCCCUCCAAUCUGGUCAACACAACUCUAUUCACAGCCAUGCACGAUCGUGGUCUAAGCAAACCAGACCCCGCUAACACAGCCGGCUGGACCGUCAACCGGUACCGCUUGUUCCUCUAUGUCAUGUGCGGUGCCUUCUGCUGGUAUUGGUUCCCGGGUCUGAUCGCUCCGUUCCUGAGUGUGUUUGCAUUUGUCACUUGGAUCAAGCCAAACCACGUCGUUAUCAACCAAUUGUUCGGAGGUUCUACCGGUAUCUCGCUGAUCCCUAUCUCUUUCGAUUGGUCCAUCAUCUCAGGUUAUGUGACCAGUCCUAUGAUGUCCCCCUGGUUUGCCAUUGCCAACACCCUUAUUGGUCUGGUCGCCUGGUUCUGGAUCAUUACCCCGGCACUGCACUUUUCCAACAUCUUCUACGGGAAAUUCCUGCCCAUGUCGGACUCCAACAGCUACGACAACACUGGCCAGGUGUAUAACGUCACUCGUAUUCUGACCUCCGAUUACACAUUCGACAUGGCAAAGUAUAACAGCUACUCCCCCCUUUUCCUGUCCACCACAUUCGCCCUAUGUUACGGUCUGUCCUUUGCUGGUCUGGCCGCCGUUAUUGUCCACGUUGCCCUGUUCCACGGGAAGGAUAUCUAUCGUCGCAUGCGCGAUGUCGGUAAGCACGAGGAUAUUCACUCUCGUCUGAUGGCCAAGUAUGAGGCCGUACCUUUCUGGUGGUAUCUCGUCGUUCUUGUUACCAUGACAGUUAUUGGAUUGGCAGUCGUGCUUUCCUACCCCACCCAUCUCUCCUGGUGGGCGUUCUUCGUCUCUCUCCUCAUAGCCUUGUUGUGGACCCUACCCAUCGGCAUGAUCCAGGCUACCACGAACAUUCAGCUUGGUCUGAACGUCAUUACUGAAUUUAUUGUCGGUUACAUUCAGCCUGGUAAGCCCAUGGCCAUGAUGCUUUUCAAGACAUACGGUUAUAUUUCAAUGUCUCAGGCGUUGUCACUACAUGAAACUCCCCCUCGUGUCACCUUCUGGGCACAGAUGGUUGCCUGCAUCUGGUCUUCAACCGUGCAGGUAGCAGUGCUGAACUGGGCAUUCGGUAGCAUUAGCAAUAUUUGCUCCCCCGACCAAGCAAACAAAUACACCUGUCCCAACGGCCGCGUCUUCUUCAACGCCUCCAUCAUCUGGGGUGUCAUCGGUCCCAAGCGCAUGUUCUCCAUCGGCGAGAUGUACGCCAGCCUCCAAUGGUUCUGGCUCGCCGGUCUCGCCCUGCCUGCCAUUUUCUGGGUUGUUGCUCGCAAAUGGCCCAAGAGCGGUGCUAAGUUCUUGAACGCUCCCCUGAUUUUCAGCGGUACGGGCAUGAUCCCCCCUGCAACUCCUCUUACAUAUCUUAUGUGGGGUAGUGUUGGUUUCGUGUUCAACAAGUUCAUUCGUAAUCGCUGGCGUGGUUGGUGGAUGGAGUAUAACUAUGUUAUCUCCGCUGGCUUGGAUGUUGGUACUGCGUUAUGUCUGAUCGUCAUGCUCUUUGCUAUCAGUCUGAGCAAUUCGACUUUCCCUAGUUGGUGGGGUAACACUAAGGCUCUCGCGACCCUGGAUGCUAAAGGUAGUGCGGUCCAAAUUGUACUGCCUGAGGGUCAGACCUUUGGACCGCCGACAUGGUAA